GCGCAUGCGUUCUGCGGGAAAAUGGACAUCCAUUCACCGGCGUUCGGGGCCUUCCACCAAAACUGAACGAGGCGCCAGAGCUCUCACAUCCUAUGUGCGGUGCAUCUGUAUCAGGUUGAUUUUGAACAUUAAUAGUUUCUCCAAGGCAGAAGAAAUAUUUGGUUUAUCCCAAAAUGCCGCCAAUUAAUGCAAGUGAACUUGCUUUGAUGCAACUCCAAGAUGACUUUGGCUAUCUCACGGAAAACAUGGAUCACUUCUUUCUUCUGGUGAUGUCCUGUAUCAUAUUCUUGAUGCAGUUAGGAUUUGCAUUUCUGGAAGCUGGAUCGGUCCGUGCUAAGAAUACAACUAACAUCUUACUCAAGAAUAUGCUUGAUGUUUGUAUCGGAGCGGUAGCCUACUGGGGCGUUGGCUAUGCCUUUGCUUUCGGGGAAGAGGCAAACCCUUUCAUCGGCUAUAGGAAUUUCUUUUUUGAAAACUUGGGAUCGGCCAACUACUCGCACUUCUUCUUCCAUUUUGUCUUUGCCGCCACGGCGGCCACCAUCGUAUCCGGGGCAAUGGCGGAACGAACCGAGUUCGUAGCAUACUUUCUGUAUUCGUCGGUGAUAACAGGAUUCAUUUACCCAGUAGUAACUCACUGGGCGUGGUCAUCAGACGGUUGGCUUGGCAACAGCGGCAUAGAGAUCGCCAAUGGAACAUAUCUAGUUUUCAGGGAUUUCGCAGGAAGUGGAGUGGUUCAUUGUGUCGGAGGAACAGCUGCUCUGGUUGGAGCCGCCAUCUUGGGACCUCGGAUAGGGCGAUACGAUUCCAAUGGGAAACCCAUGGUCAUUGCUGGACAUACCGUACCGAUGGUGUCCCUUGGCGGUUUUAUCUUGUUCUUUGGCUUCUUUGCGUUCAAUGGCGGUUCUCAGGCCAGCAUCUCCGCCGAAGGAGACGGGGAAGCGGUCGCCCUUGCCAUCGUCAAUACCAUCAUCUCUGGCGCUUUUGCCGCCCUCACUUCCAUGAUUUGCCGCCGCGUUGGGUUCAGUGGCAGUUACUGGUCGCUGCUGACGACGAUCAACGGAGGUCUGACGGGAAUGGUGGCUAUAUGUGCUGGAUGUAAUGUUGUUUAUGCGUGGGGAGCAGCGGCAAUCGGAUCAGUCGCUGGUAUCACCUAUAUUCUCUGGAGUUCUGCAGCUAUUCGACUGAGGAUAGAUGAUCCACUCGACGCUGUAGCAGUUCAUCUUGGGGGAGGUCUCUGGGGAGUUUUAGCCACGCCUAUUUUUAUGAUAGAUGGAAUCCUUUUUGACAUCUCAAAUAGAAUACCGUGGUUGCAUUUCGCAUGGAAUCUCCUUGGUGUUAUUGUCAUAUUUACAUGGACGGCUCUUCUCUCCUUCAUCAUGUUCGGUGCGUUGAGAUGUCUAAGGAUCCUUCGCGUUGAUCCAGAGAUGGAGAAGAAAGGUUUGGAUAUUCCCAAGCAUGGUGAGCCAGCCUAUCCCCUGUCGAGCUACGGCAGCGGCUGGGAAGAUGAUCUAGUCAUUAACGCUAUUCAUGCACCUCCACCAAGCUACAACGCGAAUGGAGGUAGUCAUGACAACAAGGCAUAUAAACAGGAUGAGCCACAGAACGAUGUCCAGUAUGAAAACAACAAAAGUGAAGAUACUCCGUUGUAGGUUCAUAAUUUACAUCUCUUUGAUAGGCCUAAUGAUAAUUUCAGAAAAUGAUAUAUGAUGAUGAUAUCCGUAUUAGUAUAGUAAAGUGCAAAGACUUGAAAUAAAUCCAGGUAAAAUGUAAUUAGGAACCAAGCAAAUUGAUCUAAUCGUAAAGAUUCAUUUUAAAUCCAGAAUAUGAUUGGUCUCUAACUACAGUUCUCCUGGAUUUACUUAGAGUGUCGUUGUAGUAGAAGUAGUAGUUAGUAGUAGUAGUAGUAGUAGUAGUAGUAGUAGUAGUAGUAGUAGUAGUAGUAGUAGU